AUGGGACACUUUUCCGAUUUGCGGGAAAGCCUGCGGUCUUUCACGCCACAAGAGCGCCGCAAUAUCGCCAUAUACAUUGCGGGGAUUAUGGUGUACAAGUUCGGCCUCGAAGCGUUCAACGGCUCCAUCAUCGCGCUCGCUAGCAACAGAUACGACUACGAAGCCAUCCGCGACGGGACACCCAGCCGGACCUUCGAACGCCUCGGCCUCCUUACCGGACUCAACCAGGCCUUCCAAUGUGUUGGGUCAAUCCUCAUCGGGCCACUGGUCAAAAGAUACCCCACCAAGAAUGUACUGUCAUGUGCCAUCCUCAUCUUUGGCGUAUGCUCAGCCCUGUUGCUCAUCAUCGACGCCGCAACUGGCGGGACCUUCAUGCCGUGCAGCCUAUACAAUACCGACGUCAUGAUCCCGGUCUACUCUGUUUGCGGAAUCGUCUAUGGCAUGGUUGAGCUCAUCCGAAGAGUCAUCCCACGCGAUAUCGUCGGGGGGAACGUUCAGAAACUCAAGAAGAUGGAUUCCCUUGUCCAUAUUUUCUACGAAAUAUCAGGCACUGCCGGCGCCUUCACGACCGGCCUAGCCAUCAUCCCCCAACUUGGCAACAACAUGGCCUUUAUUAUCACCCCGAUCUGCUUCGCCAUCAGCGCCAUCACCUGGUUCUUCAUUAGCGAGCUCAACUUCCGCCGCGCGAAACCCACGGCCCUGCGCGCCCACGACAAGCCGGCUUACUGGAAGGCAGCCUUUAGCGGCCUCUACCUCUUUGGCGAGUCCAUUUGGGUCGGUGCCAAGAUCCUCUUCACAUCCCGGAAAUUCAUCUGGCUCGUUCCGGGGUAUUCGGUCGCUCUCUACGCCCACCGCUAUCUCGAGAACGGCAUCGCACCGCAAGUGGCACGCCGGUAUCUCGGAAACUCGGCCUGGGCGCAGAUCAUCGUGGGAGGGAGUAACCUCGGCGAACUCUGCGGCGCAUUCUCGGUUCUGUUGUUCACAAACGCCGUACAGACGCCCAUGCCGUGGCUACGCCUCGACGCCCUGAUGCUGCUGAUCGUCUGGUACAUUCCGUUCUGGCAUCCGCCGGCGGACCAGGUCGGGCAGGCGUGGAUUGCGGCCGCCACCUUCAUCCCCAUCUCGUACGGGUGGGCGUCGGGUGACGUCUCGCUCGCCGCCUACAUCCAAGCCUCGCUCGCACGCCUCGAGUCGCAGAACAAGAACGUCUCGGCCCUCGGCGCCGUCAUGGCCUUCCUCUACUCCUUCUACAUAGUCACCUACGCUGUGAGCGGCACCAUGCUCGGUCGCUACCUUGACGGCAUCUUCAACAAGUCCGGAGGUCUCGACGGAGGCGAGGUCCGCAGCGGGCUGAUGUAUACCGCGGGCGUGCAGAUGUCGGUCAUCUCGGUGCUGGUCUUGGCGGCCACCUUCGUGCCCAAGGGCGCUUUAGCCUUCAACCCAAAGAUCAUCUCGGACGAUCCCCUGGAUGACGACAGCCACAUCGAGAUCGAGGAGCAGAGGCCGGGGCCCGAGGAGGAGGGGCAUCGGCUGGAAAGUGGGUUUAAGAAGCACAGGAGUUAUUGUAGCAGCGAGGAUGGGUCGGAGCCGAAAGUGGAGAAAAAGAUUAGUGAGAUCUUGUAA